AUGCCGACUCUGUGAUUGCAGAAAUCAAGAUGAAUAAUCUUGAUCCUUUUAUAUUUCGAAACUCAUGUUCAUGCGGACCAUCUCACCGGAGCUAAAAUUAUAAAAAAUGCUUUUCCAUCAGCUAAAACAGCUAUUGGAUUUAAUGUAACUGCAGUCCAGAUUCAUAAAUAAAAUAUGGUGUGGCGAACCAGCCUGCCCUCUUAACACCUGUAGCCGUACGAGAGUCUGAGAACCUUGUGGAAGGGAGAGCAGCGUUAGUUAUGUGUAUCCGGCCCACGCUUUACUUGAUCUAGUGGAGUGCAAUGUCGGACUAGCCGACAUAGGCUCAUAUCCAGGGCAAGAUUUUACCCCACGGAGGAUGAAACUUGGAAGUUGGAAAGGGAUAGCCUAGCAGGGCCAAAGUGCAUUUGUUUGGUCGUCCGGACAUUUUCCCAGCUCAAUAUCGGGAGUUAUGCCCUGGGCUAUCAUUACAUCUGAGCAAUAACCUGACCAGGAAAUUCGCUUUUCGAAUUUUCGGGAAAGGCAGCCUCGUCGACAUAAGGCACGGUGAUCCAGCGUCUCUACCUCCGGGCAGCAAGUUCAGGUCUAUUCCAGAGGGAGCAACGCAAGCCUAAGGCUGUGGAAUCAGACUAGCGAGUAGGAAGCAUUAAUGUAAAAUGCUUUUCAAGCUUGCCAGGAGCUUCUCUAUAAUAAUGAAUGAAUGAAUCAGUCCAGACUCAAUUUUCAAGAUUAUUUAAUCUUUCUAACUUCAGAACUGAUGGAUCUCAGUUUAAUAAAUUGAUAAAGCAUGGAGAAUCGUUUAAUAUUGGAAAUUUGCCUUUCAAAGCAAUACAUAGCCCUGGCCAUACUCCAGCAUGUAUGGUUUAUGUUAUAGGUGAUGCUGUAUUCACUGGCGACACUAUAUUUAUGCCAGAUUUUGGAACAGCAAGGUGCGAUUUUCCAGGAGGUUCUGCAGAUGUUCUUUAUCAGUCCAUCAGAAAUCUCUUCGAACUUCCAGACGAGUAUAGAGUAUUUGUUGGGCAUGACUACGGCACCGAAAAAAGGGGUUUGCAUGGGAGUCUACAAUGGGGGAAGAAAAAAAGAAUAACACACAUUUAA